AUGCUUUGGUUUUUGUUACUAAUUUCAAUAAUAUCAGGAAGCUAUGCUCAAUUUGAAAAUUAUGAGCAAAACUAUGGGUACGUUACUGUCCGACCAGGCGCUCAUAUGUUCUACUGGCUGUUCCAUACGACAGCCAAUGUAGCAAACUACACUGAACGACCUCUCAUUGUGUGGCUUCAAGGUGGGCCAGGAGGUUCAUCUACUGGUAUUGGAAAUUUCGAUAUAUUAGGACCUCUUGACCUAUCUCUUCAAGAAAGAAAUUAUACUUGGGUAAAAAACUUUAAUGUUCUUUUUGUUGAUAAUCCGGUUGGCACGGGUUUCAGUUACGUAGAUGAUCUACAAUAUUUAACAACGACCAAUGAUGAAAUCGCGUUAGAUUUCGUCGAAUUAAUGCGAGGAUUUUAUCGAGAUAAUCCAGAAUUUGAAGGAGUUCCACUUUAUAUUUACGGACAGUCGUACGGUGGCAAAAUGGCGAUUGACAUGGGUAUACGAAUACGUGAGGCGGAAUCAGCGAAUACAAUCAAUUCAAAUUUAAGAGGUAUUGCUAUGGGUAAUGCUUGGAUAUCACCAAUUGACGCCACCUUAACUUGGGGACCUCAACUGCUAGCUGCUGGGCUCGUGGACCAAGCUGGAUUCGAAGAGAUACAAAGACAUGCAAGAGAGGCAGAACGUUUGUUUAAUAUUGGACAAUUUGUUGCUUCUACGAAUCAAUGGGCUGCAACUCAGCAAGCUGUAUUUAGAAGUACAACACGAGUUGACUUUUAUAAUAUACUGACUAAAAUGCCGGCAUUCCAGCCGGAUACGUUUCAAGACGCUUACAGUUUUGCAAGAGAUAUAAUGGUGCGUGACGGAUUGCAAACUACUAUUGAUAGUAUUGCCUCUGAAAGGCAACAGUUGACUCUUGAUCAGCUCAUGAACACCAUAGUUAAGCAGUGGUUGGGAAUACCUGAACAUGUUGUCUGGAGUUCCUCAUCUAGUCCAGUGUUCAACACCUUAAGAGGAGACUUUAUGAAGCCUGUUACAGAAAGCAUUGAAAAACUUCUUAAUGAGACAGAUAUUAUUCUUAGUAAAUACAAUGGAAACCUCGACCUAAUCUGUAACACUCCAGGUCAAUUGUUAUGGGUUGAUCGACUUCAAUGGCCAGGAGCAGAAGGAUACAAAAACGCACCCCGGAUGCCUAUUUGGGAAAAUAAUCGUCUCGAAGGCUAUUACAAAUCCUAUGGAAAUUUCAGAUUUUUCUGGAUAAACGAAGCUGGUCAUAGCGCUCCGAGAGACAACCCUGCAGGACUCCUUGAAGUCCUUCGUGACAUGACGUCUUUCCCUUAACGUAUUUGUGGAAUUGUUCUAAUCUCAAGUUAUUUUUUGGAUAAUAAAGCAUGUAACCCAUG